AUGCCUAAAAAACACCGACCAUUAAAAUAUCUUAUUAGAACAACGUUACCUACACUUUUACAUAUAAAUAAUCAUUCGAAAAGAAAGGUUAUGACAAAAAAAUCCGGCUUUCCAGAAGGAUGGUUUUACGUAAAAUCCAAAUCAAAUUAUCACGUGCUUGAACCACAUUGUCUUUCUGUAAAUACGGGUGCAAGAAUUGUUGCAACCAAGCAGAGAUUUGGUUUCGAUGCGGAUAGUCAGCUUUGGAAAUAUGAUAAUGGAUAUAUUGUGAAUAAAGCUUCUGGAAAAGUAUUUGAUAUACAAGGAGGUUAUAUUCGAACAUUUCAUAGAACGUAUCUAUGCCAAUGGGAUCGUAAACCAUUAGCUGAAGCAUCGACUCAACAUUGGACUUUCUUACCAGGCGGUUCUAUAACUCCGACGUUUCAUGAAGGUUUCGUGUUGCAUUUACGCGGUCGUUUUGGUAGAUCGAAUCAUGAAGGUGCUCAAGUUUUAAUUCAUCAAAUAAAAGAUGACAACCAUCAUAAGCAAACUUGGUUUUUUGAACCUGAACAAAGUCAACCAAAGAUUCUUUCGCCUCCUAUUCCUAAAGAAUGUCCUGAUUAUUUUGCUUGA